UUUCAGGACACUGACUUCAAGGAAUGGAAAAGGGUAAUUCGGGACAUAACCAAAUUUCUUAAAGUUGACACUGCUUUCAUGAGCAUGAGGCCUUUAAGAUACAGUAUUGUGUUGGAUCAUGAUCCAGAUAGUUUGCCACGUGUUUCCUUUAUCAAAAGAAAGCUAAAAUUGAGAGAUGCCUUACUUUGCAGCUAUCAUCCAAAUGAGGUUAAGUUCUCAGAGCUGACUAUUGACAAUUUCAGAAUGCUUCAAUGUUUGGAGUGGGAACCAAGUGGCUCUUUUUACCAAUCAAAUGGAAAUGGAAUCUCAAUCCCUUGGUCAAACAUUGGUCAAAGUGGGCCCCACCAAGGAUCCAUUCGUGUGAAUUAUUAUUCUCAAGAGAUUUCUGAUCCUACUUUGCCUCCAAAUCCACGUAAAGCAGUUUUGUAUUCUCCAUCAACCACUCACUUCAUAGCUGUUCUUGCUACUAUGUGUGAGGAGCUCCCUGCUGAUGGUGUUCUGUUGAUAUAUUUAUCUGCUUCAGGUGCAUCAAAUUAUGGUGCUGAUAACAUUCAGACUAAUAUGACUCAAUCAGAUGCUGUGUGUGAUGAUAGUCUUGGAGGCUUAAAUAUUGGCUCUCAUGGAAAUGGAGUGUUUAAUCUGAUUUAUCCUUGCGACUUGCUUCCAUUUACAAGAAAACCACUUUUCCUUAUUAUUGAUAGUGACAACAGUAAAGCUUUUCAGGGAAUAAACAAGGGAGAAAAAGGAGAACCAAUUGCAAUUCUCCUAUCUCCAACUUCUUCAUACCCGACACCACACAAUAAUACCAUAGACCCUCGCAUACCCAAUGGAAGCCAAUUCACAAGUUUUCUCACAUCCCCUUUGCAAUCUCUUAUCAUCCUACUUGGCAUUUCAGGCUCCGACAUCCAAAUGGAGAAUCUUAACAAGGCACAGAAUAUUCUUUCUUCGUGUUUGGAUAAGUGGGGAGAAAUGUUGGCGUCUUUAGACUCAAUUCAUCCCGUUUGGGCUCAAGUUUUGGAAGAUCCGUUCAUUAGGAGACUCCUUUUAAGGUUUAUAUUUUGUCGGGCAAUUCUUUCACUAUAUGCACCGAUUUCCGGUAAAAAAGAAUAUGUUCCGGAAUGUUCACCUCCCCUUCCAAAUGCUUUCUUGCCUACAACGCCUCUAUCUAUUGGAACCAUUUCACAAAUAGCCGAUAUUUUUGGUGCAACAACUAUGUUCAACAUCUAGCACUAUGCUAGAUCAUGAGGGUAUUUAUGUCUUUUCUACACACGAGACAUCGAGAGUGAGGUUGAGUAAGAGAAAGAAAAAAAAAUCCUUUUUGCAAUCCUGUUUGUCAAACACAGUACAAAUGCAUAACAAAUGGGCCCAGUGUUGGUUGGGCCACACUUUGUUGGGCCACACUUUGGGACUUAUUUUUUUGAGUAAUAGUUGUGAAAAGAUAAGAAAUACAUAGUUGUCAUUACUCAUUACUUUUAAAGAGGUGGUGUGUAGUAACUGUAAAGGUGUAGAUCUUAUAGUACAUUUUACACGACUCGAUUACGCGUGUGGUUUGAGUGAUAUUAUGUUAUUAUUGUUUCGGUUUGAUUUAAUGUAGGAAGAAUGACGUUAAUAUUCAUUAACUAUUAUUUAUAUGGACAUAUUUAGAGGG